CAGCUGCAGCAUCAUGACUAAAGAGGAGAACCUGGAGGUGCAGGAGAAGGAGAGGCACGACCGGGAGGAGCAGGAGGAAGGCCGGGUCAAUAAAGAGGAAGAGGAGGCGCUGACCGAGGAGGAGGAGGAAGAGGAGUAUGAGCUAGAAGAGGAGAGAGGGGAGGUGGACGAAGAGGAGGAGGAAGAGCCGGAGGAGGAGGAGGAGAGGGAGGAGUGUGAAGAAGAGGAGGAGGUUCCAGCUGGUGAUGAAGAGCGUGACGUCGAGCCGGAGCCGCUGUCGGUGUCUCAGUACCAGAGUCCGGUUCACGAGCCCCGCCGAAGAGCCAUGGUGCAUCCCUCCGCCCAGGCCCCGCUGCCCAAAGACUACAGCUUCACCUUCUUCGACCCGAACGACCCGGCCUGUCUGGAGAUCCUGCUGGAUCCCCGGACCACCAUCCCCGAGCUGUUUGCCAUCGUGAGGCAGUGGGUCCCCCAGGUGCAGCACAAGAUCGACGUCAUCGGCAACGAGAUCCUGAAGCGCGGUUGCCACGUGAACGACCGCGACGGUUUGACGGACAUGACGCUGCUGCACUACAGCUGCAAGGCCGGGGCUCAUGGAGUCGGGGACCCUGCUGCGGCGCUGCGUCUCAGCUCCCAGCUGAUCUCUCUGGGGGCCGAUGUGAGUCUGAGGAGCCGCUGGACCAACAUGAACGCUCUGCACUACGCUGCGUACUUCGAUGUGCCGGAGCUGAUCCGCGUGCUGCUGAAGGCCAGCAGGCCCAGAGUGCUGAACUCCACCUGCAACGACUUCCACUACGGCACGGCUCUGCACAUCGCCGCCUCCAACCUCUGCCUGGGAGCGGUGAAGUGUCUGCUGGAGCACGGAGCCAACCCCACCGUCAGGAACGAUAAGGGCCAGGUCCCCGGUGAGGUGGUGCCCGACCCGGUGGACAUGAGUCUGGAUAAGGCGGAGGCGGCGAUGGUGGCCAAGGAGCUGAAGCAGCUGCUGCUGGACGCCGUGCCGCUCAGCUGCAACCUGCCCCGCGCCACGCUGCUCAACUACGACAACAUCCCCGGGAACCUGAUGCUGACCUCGCUGGGGCUGAAGCUCGGGGAGCGGGUGAUGCUGGACGACAUGAAGCUCCAGAGAGACCUGAGCAGAGACGACAGCCCGGCGGCAAACCCCCGACAGGCCGGCACGCUGAGGUUCUGCGGCACCACAGAGUUCGCCAGCGGGCAGUGGGUCGGCGUGGAGCUGGACGAGCCGGAGGGGAAGAACGACGGCAGUGUGGGCGGGGUCCGCUACUUCAUCUGCCCCCCGAAACUGGGGAUUUUUGCCCCGGUGUCGAAGAUUUCCAAAGCGGUGGAGCAGGCUCCGUCCUCAGUGACCUCCACCCCCCGGACCCCCCGCAUGGACCUGGCCUCCCGCCUGGCCGGGAAGACCAAGAAGGAGAAGGGGAAGAAGGACAAAGAGAAGCAGAAAGCCCAGAAGAAGAAGGCUUCCGUGGCCAGUCUGGACCCGGAUGCUCUGAACGUGGAGGUGGGGGAUCAGGUUCUGGUUGCCGGGCAGAAACACGGAAUCGUUCGCUUCUACGGGAAGACGGAUUUCGCUCCAGGCUAUUGGUUCGGUGUCGAGCUUGAUCAGGCGACGGGGAAACACGACGGCUCGGUUUUUGGAGUCCGGUACUUCAGCUGCCUGCCUAAAUACGGAGUGUUUGCUCCACCGUCCCGCGUCCAGAGAAUCGGAGGCCCCAGAGAAGGCUCACAGAAUGAAAACUCCAUGGUGAAGAAAGUCCACCAAGUCACCAUGUCGCAGCCGAAGCGUAACUUCAACACGAUGCGUUCUCCUAAAGACCUGACCUCCGAGAACUCCAUAUCCAGGUUGCUGUUCUGCUGUUGGUUUCCGUGGAUGCUGCGCGCUGAGAUGCAGUCCUAACCACACCCUCCUCCUCCUCCUCCUUCCUCCGGUCGAUCUCUCUUCAUCUUCUUCUCGCUCUCCUCCCUGUCACACUGUCGCUCCUCGUAGUGCAGCCUCUUGCUCUCCGCCCAGAUCCCGCUAAUUUAGCCGUUCUAUAGCAAAUCUAUAGUGCCUUGUAUCCGAUCAAAACGUCCUUUGUUCCCUCAAAGAAUCUGAGCUAAAGCAAUCCCCCCUAAAAUGUUCUCUAUACACCCCCUACCAUCGAGCCUCGUGUCAUUGUUGUGUCUUUAUUUGAACAUCUGUUUCAGCUGCCGCGCGAUUUGGGUCUCACCAAACGAAGCUUAAAAUUAGAAACCAAUGCAGAUGUUUCAACUCAUGGUUUCCAUCAGAGGUGGGAGGAGUACUCAGGUCUGGUACUGGAGUAAAAGUAGAAGUACUCAGAUCUUGUACUCAAGUAAAAGUAGAAGUACUCAGCUCUUGUACUCGAGUAAAAGUAGAAGUACUCAGAUCUUGUACUCAAGUAAAAGUAGAAGUACUCAGAUCUUGUACUCGAGUAAAAGUAGAAGUACUCAGAUCUUGUACUCGAGUAAAAGUAGAAGUACUCAGAUCUUGUACUCGAGUAAAAGUAGAAGUACUCCGAUCUUGUACUCGAGUAAAAGUAGAAGUACUCAGAUCUUGUACUUGAGUAAAAGUAGAAGUACUCAGACCUUGUACUUGAGUAAAAGUAGAAGUACUCAGACCUUGUACUUUAGUAAAAGUAGAAGUACUCAGAUCUUGUACUUGAGUAAAAGUAGAAGUACUCAGACCUUGUACUUGAGUAAAAGUAGAAGUACUCAGAUCUUGUACUCGAGUAAAAGUAGAAGUACUCAGAUCUUGUACUCAAGUAAAAGUGGAAGUACUCAGAUCUUGUACUCGAGUAAAAGUAGAAGUACCCAGAUCUUGUACUCGAGUAAAAGUAGAAGUACUCAGAUCUUGUACUCGAGUAAAAGUAGAAGUACCCAGAUCUUGUACUCGAGUAAAAGUAGAAGUACUCAGAUCUUGUACUCGAGUAAAAGUAGAAGUACCAGAGUGUAGGACUACUCUGUUACAGUAAGUCCUGCAUGUUACUAGACACUCGUUUCAAUUAAUACCAGCCAAUCAAAUGGCUGUAAUCUGUGGUUAUCGUUAAGACAAUUGACUCCUGCUUUCUGCUUCCUCGCCUCUCACCUGAGACCUAGAACUCGAUCCUAAAAACCUUAACGAUCUAACUGUGUGUGAAGUGACUCUCCUCACCUGCAUGCUUUAAUCUCAGAUGUCAAACUGAAAACAGGGUUAAUCAACUGCUGACUUAAUUGUAAUUUAUCGUACAGUUAUUUUAUUUAGAUGCAGACCUGUUGUUCUCAGCAAGUCAAAUUUGAUUUAUCUCACUCAACAAAAUGGAAAAAGGUUUCCUAAAAUGCAUUUAUUUAAUUCAGUUAAAGUACUGUAUGCUUGUCAUUAUAAAUCAGUGUGUUGUGCAAUAGAAAUGAGUCAAUAGUUAGAGUUUAAAACAUUCAAUCUCAUGACGAGCUGCAAUCACAUAUUAACCAAAAGUGCUACAAACCCAAAACAGCGACUUUCUUUGAAGCAAAUUUAAAAUCAGAAGUGUUUUACGCCCCGCUACUUGUGAUAUGUAUGUUUUCGUGCCGCUGCCAUCACUCUUGCGUGUACAAAAUAAGCUUAUUUAAAAACACUUGUAAGGAGUUUAGUGUCCUUUCAUCUCAUCCAUGUUGAGGUUUCAUUUCCAGACACUAAAGCCCUGGAUAAACUCUGCUUCUAUCAGCCUCUUUUCUCCUCCCUCUAUCCUCAGUUUUAAGAAAAGACGUCGCUUCCUUUUGUGAACGUGAUCUCGGUGUGUUCGCUUCAUGUUAAAAUCUCUCUCGAAGUUUGUGCAUAACUGAAAAACAGCAAUAUGUAAACAGUAUCUCUGUGUGGAAAUGUGUUCAUGGUAAUCUCUACACUCUGUAAGCACACAAAUACACGGAGAUAAAUAAAAAAAGAAACACGCUCUGAGGCUCUGCUUUCAGAGGCACAUUCACACUUUAGUGACCGGUACAGGAGUUUUUGUUGGGGUUUCUCACAGUUUCAUGAAAUAAAAUACAGUUAACUUUAACAUAACACCAAUAUGUGGACACCCAAAGUAGAAUCUAAAUCUAUAAAUGAGGAACAUGUAUUGCAUGUCUUGCAGGUAAUAUCAUCCAAGAGUCACAGUGUUCAAUACAUUUCUGCAUUAAUCUGAAGUUUAUUGGGAAAACUAAAUUGAAUGACCGAAAAAACUAUAUAUUUUCCACAUUUUAAGUCAGAUUUAUCUCCACUGUUUUCCAUUUUUCUGAAACACUCCUUAAAGUGUUUGAAUUAUCGUUAAAGUCACUCUAUGCAGACGACUCGACGCUAUACCUUCCCAAAUUCAUCCGCAAUCCCCGCCCGACCCUGAACAAAAGAGCCUGAUGAACUAUAAUACGAACUCCACGUUUUAGUGUUUUUAUAAUCCCACAGUAAGGGACAUGUGCCGCUGAAGCUGCAGGUGAACAUAGACAUCAGUGGACACAGUCAUGGUUGUGUUUGUACAGUAAACGUACCGUACAGUCAGUGCAGCUCUGUUGGUUUGAACGUUGUGUUCUUACUCAGUGUCACGAUCAAGACACACACAACAUUACACAAGCUUUCCUUAAUUACUACAUAAAGGGAUGUCACAAAAAACAAUAUUAAGUAGAAGCAAGAAUAUGUUGGCUUUAGACUUUCUGAUUUUGUGUCAGUUUUACAGACAAGGUUGGAAAAUUGUCCUGGCUCAUGACCGUUUGUUUUUAGGAUAAAAAUAUCCAAUGGCAUUUUAUACUUAAUAUAUACAAAGAGCUUUUUGGCAUCCCCUUAUUUCAUGGAAAUUAAACGUGUUUCUCCCACACAAUCCGACAUUGUGAACCACAAUUCUGCUAUCUGCUAGUUAGCAUUAGCUGUUAGCUGCUAGAUGUAAGCUGUUAGCUGUUAACAGUUAGCUUUUAGCUGUUAGCUCUUAAAAUAAAUAUGUACGCAGUUAGCUUUUAGCUGCUAGCUGUAAGUGGUUAGCUUUUAGCUGUUAGCUUUUAACAGUAAGUUGUGCGCAGUUAGCUGUUAGCUUCUAACAGUAAGCUGUACGCAGUGUGCUUUUAGCGUUUAGCUGUUAGCUGUUAGCAGUUAGCCGUUAGCCGUUAGCUGUGAGCUGUUUACUGCUUGCUGCAAACAGUAAGCUUUAAGCAGUUAGCUUUUAACUGUUAGCUAGUAGCUGUAGCAUCUGGUAAACAGUCCCAUAGCUUUGCAUUACAUUGCGUUUAAGUUCUAUUCAGUAAAAUUUGGGUUAAUUGAAAUCAUAACUUUAUUAUGAUAUGUUCAAAUGCCAUCUUGUAAAACGUAGCUUGAAUUGAGAGUUUGGAGCAUGACAUCUGCUGGUACUGGUGUCGACUGCUAAAUUGGUUUUGUGAAAUCCGUUAAUACAUAUUACAUUUUCUACAUUUAAAGGACUUAACUGGUUUCCACUGUGUGAGCUCUUUAACUACACACCACUGUAUGCAUACCUAUUUUCUGUACAGUCUUAUUUCCAGGCUAAAUCAACAUGACACUAGCGCAGAAACCUUGCUUCUAUUUGUCUCCGCUCCGUCUGGUGGCGUAUACGUGAAACAAGGUAUUCGUUAAUCGUAGUAAAUGGGUUAAAACAUCCAGAAAUGCCGGGUUUUAUCCUCAAAUUCCUCUAUAAUCGAUCGGUGUAUGUGUCUGAGAACAAAAUAGCAUACAUCUCAAAGUAACUCACUCACCCUGGUUGUUUUAACAUCGAUAAGAGUACACAGUAUAUAGCCUAUAUUUUGAUAACUUCACUAAGUGUACUUUUUUGUUCUCUGGUUUUGUAGUGUGUGUGUAUUACUUUGUACUCAGUCCAUGUGUGUGAAUACCUCCUGUUUUAAAAAGUGUGUGAGGCUGACGGACGUUAAGGGGGAACAGGAGAGAGCGGGCAUCGGACGUCCUCCUAAUCUAACAGAAACUCACUGCAUGAAACUCUCUCUCAGUAUUCUCUCUUUUGGGUUUUUCAAUAUGUGUAUCUUCUUCUCAUCAGCAUGGAAAUGCUUAAUAAUAAUAAUGACAACUCUAUGAAUAUAAUAAAGAAUUUGGUGUUGUUUUUCAA